AUGAUUAAGGGAGUAGAAAAAUGCAAGUAUCUGGGGGCUAUUCUGAAUAAACAAGGGAACAGUAAGGACGAGAUACAGGAGAGAAUCAAUAAAGGAAGAACCGUUACACGCACACUUAAUUCUCUGCUGUGGGACAAAAAUAUAACUAAGAGUACCAAGAAACAUAUAUACAGAAGUAUGGUGCAAAGUGUAGCACUGUAUGGGGCGGAAGUGUGGGAUGUAUCGCAGAUAAAUAGGAGAAAGAUUAUGGCAACCGAAAUGGAUUUCCUUAGAAGAAGCUGUAGACGAUCAAGAUUAGAAAGAGUUAGGAAUGAAAUUAUAAGAGCAGAAAUGGAUAUGGGUCGGUCAAUGGCGGAAGAGAUUGAAAGAAGGCAAUUGGUUUGGUUUGGACAUGUAAAGAGAAUGCUAGACGACAGAUGGCCCCGAAAGAUUUUAGAAUGGGUACCACCGGAACGAAGGAAGAGGGGAAGACCACGGAGAAGUUGGAGGGACGAUGUGGAAGAGGCGAUGUCGGCCAGAGAUCUGGAGGAGGAUACAUGCCACGACAGGAAAAGAUGGAAGUUGGGGACGGAGAAACGGCGACAGCUGUAA